AUGCAUUCACAUCUAAAGAUUGGAUCUAAUGAGGUUAGACAUGAUGAGGUAGGACGUGGCAUGGCAGUGAGUGAUGAAAGGGAAAGUAGGGUAGGACGUAGUGAGUUAGAAGACAGUGGAAUAGGACGUAGUGAUUUAGGAGACAGUAAGAUAGGACGCAGUGAGGUAGCAGACAGUGGAAAAGGACGUAGUGAGAUAGGAGACAGUGAGAUAGGACGAAGUGAGGUAGGAGACAGUGGAAUAGGACGUAGUGAGGUAGGAGACAGUGGAAUAGGACGUAGUGAGAUAGGAGACAGUGAGAUAGGACGAAGUGAGGUAGGAGACAGUGGAAUAGGACGUAGUGAGGUAGGAGACAGUGGAAUAGGACAAAGUGAGGUAGGAGACAGUGGAAUAGGACGUAGUGAGGUAGGAGACAGUAAGAUAGGACGCAGUGAGGUAGGAGACAGUGGAAUAGGACGUAGUGAGAUAGGAGACAGUGAGAUAGGACGUAGUGAGGUAGGAGACAGUGGAAAAGGACGUAGUGAGGUAGGAGACAGUGAGAUAGUACGUAGUGAGGUAGGAGACAGUGGAGUAGGACGUAGUGAGGUAGGAGACAGAAUAGGACGUAGAGACAGUGGAAUAGGACGCAGUGAGGUAGAAGACAGUGGAAUAGGACGUAGUGAGGUAGGAGAUAGUGGAUUAGGACGCAGUGAGGUAGGAGACAGUGGAAUAGGACGUAGUGAGGUAGAAGACAGUGAGAUAGGACGUAGUGAGGUAGGAAACAAUGAGAUAGGACGUAGUGAGGUAGGAGACAGUGAGAUAGGACGUAGUGAGGUAGGAGACAGUGGAGUAGGACGUAGUGAGGUAGGAGACAGUGAGAUAGGACGUAGUGAGGUAGGAGACAGUGAGAUAGGACGUAGUGAGGUAGGAGACAGUGAGAUAGGACGUAGAUAG